UUCGCAGGUGACUUGAACUGUUUUCCGUUCCCCCAGAGACCGAAGUGAAGAUGAUCGCUCCUCGUAUCCAGUGCGCUCUCGCCAUCCUGCUUCUAGCGCUGGCAGUCAACGGCUUAUCCGGCGCCCCGUCAGAUCUCAGAUUCCGCCAGUUCCUGCAAAGAUCGUUCAUCGCGCCAGCAAGCAAACAGGAUCUGGACAGAUAUUCUGUUGCGGAACUGUUGUCGGAGCUCGUGCAGUCUGAGAACGCGGCCCUGGAGUCCGAGGAGCUCACGCGCAGAGCCACGCAGGACGACGCGCGCUUCCAGCUGGAGCGCGGCGCCAACGUCUUUCUGGCUCCGCGGGAACGCAAAGCAGGGUGCAAGAACUUCUUUUGGAAGACCUUCACUUCCUGCUGAUCCCGACACGUAAAAUCCUAGAGCCACGAGCACUUAAAGUUCCUAUUCAAUUUGUUUUUAACUGUCCUUCACAAACGCCCACGGACAACCUUACAGAAACAAAAACAAAAAAUAAUAAAAAACCGUGGACUGUAAAGAAAAGGUCUUAUCAAAAUGUUACUGUAUAUUUGUGAUUUGAAAGUGCAAUUGAUUAUAUUUUGAUUUCACACUAUGAAGUAGAAUAUAUUUUUAAGAGAGCUCCGUGUGAAAGAAUGUUAUAUGUGUACAAAAUGCUGCCUUCACCAGUAGUAUGUGUUGUUUUAUUCAGAAAGAUUGUGCUAUAAACUGUCCAUUUCAAUAAAUAGUUUUCCACAACCCAA